AUGAGCAGUGAUAUUCAACCCGCCAACAACCGAAUGAAUCUAUGUCAAUCUCUCUCUCUCUCUCUCUCUCAAUCAAACAUACACACGGAGCCUGAGAAAGGAGAGAGCGAAGGAGACAAGCAGAGAGUGAGCGAGAGAGCAAGCGAAAAAAGGCCCCAGCCCUGCCUAAAAAUCUGCCUUCCUCUCGAUGAAGAAUCGACCCUGUGUGAGUCGUAUACCCGAGCAGCAACGGCCUACAAUUUCUUUUUCCUCCUCCUCCUCCUCCUACUUCACCACCACCACCAUUCAAUUUGCUUCUUUUCCAUCAUCUACAGAUUCAGCCAAUCAAGUUUCACCUCAUCAUUCAUUUCCUUUUCAUUCGUGGACGACUGCGACGUGAGAAAUACUAUUUUUUUUUUUUUGACCACCAAUCCUAUCAGUUUCUCCCCUCGCCCUAACAAAUCUUUUCCGCUUGCACCGUUCCCGUCAGCCACUGUCCACCGUUUUUCACCUUGUUUCUUUCAGUCUCCCUUCCUCCACCUCCUAUCUUUCUUUCUUUCUUUCUUUCUUUCUUUCUUUCUUGCUUUCUUUCUUUCUUGCUUUCUUUCUUGCUUGCUUUUCGUUCCAAUCUUUAUCCUCUCUUUCCAUAUCUUUCUCUCAGAAAUUUCAUCGUUGUUUUCGUCACCUUGUCUCUUUCAGUUUUCCCUUUUUACCCAUUGUUUGUUUGCUUCUUUCUUUCUUUCUUUCUUUCUUUGUUUCGUUCUUUAUUUCUUUCUCCGCUCUCUCCAUCUCUUCCUUUCCGAUUUUCCCUAUUUCAUCGUCGUUUUGGUCACCUUAUCUCUCUUAGUUUCUUUUCUUUCUUUCUUGCUUUCUUUCUUUCUUUCUUUCUUUCUUUCUUUCUUUCUUUCUUUCUUUCUGUGCCGUUCAUUAACUCCCUUCUCUCUUUCUCUCACAUUUUUCUUAUUUCAUCAUCGUUUUCGUCACCUUGAAUUUUUAACCUUAUUUUCAUCUCCUUUCUUUCUUUCUUUCUUUCUUUCUUUCUUUCUUUCUUUCUUUCUUUCUUUCUUUUCUGAGUCAGUUUCUCUCUCUUGA